GAUAGCCCCAAUCUCUGGGUACACAAGACAAUCCAAUCGUUAAAAAGGGAAGUUGGGAGAAGUUUAUAAAAGAUAUAUCUAAAUAUAUUGUUACCUGUUAGAGAAGAAAUUGUUUGUUUUUUUUUUAAGAAAAAAUACUCUGAAUGUAAAAUGUAAAUGGACAUAUUCGAGAAACGGUUUGGACAGCAGCACACAAGGUAUAUUCAAGAUGAUACAGCAACCGUAAACUGCGUUAUAGAAACGGCUCAGCAGGUUAAUGGACACACGGAGUAUUUGCUACGACUAGAACGGGGUUAUGUAAAGCAGUAUUCGUGGAAAAUAUUACGUCGCUAUAAUGAUUUUGCAGAACUUCAGAAACACCUGUCCAUUUCUGAAAUUGACUUACCUUUUCCUGGUAAAAAGUUGUUUGGUAAUAUGCGGCCUGACUUUAUAGCUGAGCGACGAAAAGCAUUACAACUCUACAUAAACACCGUACUCAUGAAUCCCAUUCUUGCCUCAUCGCUUCCGGCAAAGCGGUUUGUCGAUCCCGACAGCUAUUCACAAUCUUUUCAUGAUCAAGCUGUUCAAAACGCAUUGCUCUGCUUGCGUAGUGAAGGAUUGUGGUCUCUUGGCUCAACACUGGGAGCCAUAGGAUGGCGUUUGAGAAAACACUAUUUCAAGGUCACACAAAAACCACCAGAUACAAAAUCCAGCAGCAAAUCUCUGGUGAAAAGCGGUUCACAAACACAUGCCCAGAUAAAGCAAAGCAGUGUUACUGGCGCAGAUCAAUUAUUGGACGCAUCUGCGUCCUCGGAGCUGGUAUUGGAAUGGUUGGAAUAUGGCCCUGACAAGUAUAUUGACGACAAGGAGCUGGGCGGCAUUUUAAAAAGUCUUGUUGGAUUACAGCAUCCCAAUAUUGAAGCAUUGCAUUAUGCAAUGCAUAAUGAGAAUGGAUGUCUGGUUAUAAGAAAAUUCCACAAGCAUGGAACGCUUAAGGAUAUUUUGUGCAUGGCAACGCCAAAAAAUCCAUUUUUGAGUAAAUAUGGAAAUCCCAAAGGCCGAAUGGCCUUGUCUAUGAAACAAGUUGCAGUUUAUGGAAAACAAAUUCUGGAAGUAUUAAUCUUUCUGCACUCCAAAGGUUAUCCGUAUGGACAUUUACAUUCAGGCAAUAUUGUUAUAAUCGACGAUUGUGUCAAACUAUUAGAUAUAGAAAACUAUGUGCUUGGAGUGCCCUCGUUCUACCGACCAUUUUUUGUACAGCAUGGCAAAAUCUAUAAAUCAGAAGCCAUCGAUGUUUACUGCUUUGGCCAUAUACUUUUUGAAAUGGCCAUGGGAUAUCCUAUGCAAGAGUCCAUUGUCAGGCAAAUAACAGACUGCCCCGAAAUUCUUAAAAACCUUCUUGAGAGCAUAUUGUCCAAGGAGGCUUGUAAAACCGGUCUACCAUCAUUGGAACAGUUAUUAGCCCACGAUUUUUUUAAACAAUACUCCCCAAGCGAGAUCUGUACAAAACCACUUAAUGACGAAUCCCAAAAACCCCACCUAAAAUUGUCACUUAAUGCCAAAGAAGCUAUAAAGCAAGCUAUUUUAAAGACCGAAAACAGGCUACGUGAGGAGCAGAAGUCGGUAAAAAAUCAAAAGCGUAUUGUUCGGGUACAAGAGCUGAUGAGCUCCGAAGAAGAAAAGCGUAAAUCAAAACAUAAGGCGAAACAGGAGUACAAGCAGUCAAAGCUCAAACAACAGGGAUCAUUACAGAAUAACAAUGGCCGUCUUGCAUUGUCAGCAGUUGGUGCGACUGGUUCUGUAACGGAGUCUUCAGAAAUCAGUCCACGGUCCCUAAAUCGUAUGAAUAGCGUUAUAACCAAUAACACUUCCCAAGACGCCAUGCAGGAUUUAAAAUCUCCUCCACCCACACCUGCUGCCUACCAAAGUUCUAACGAAGCUGAGACCCGCCAAACUAUCCGACAUCACACACAACAGUCUAUAAAUGAGAUGUCGCCGCCAGGUGCAGCCAGCAGCGUGGAUAGACAAUCAUCCUCACCCAACAUCACUUCUGACGAACAAGUUUCGGCAGAAACCGAAAUUGAACGUUCGGCUCUACUUGAGUCGAUCUGCAAAUUUAAUCGGGGUUCUUUGCGUAAAGUUCGAUCCAAUGACUAACCGGAUAACGCAAAACUUGGCUCAAAAAAUUGUGAACUUAUAAUUAAAUUAGUUGGACCAAAAAUCUGCUAUUAAAUAGCAAACCCGCACUUGAAACAUAACCCAUAUUGUAAUGUCUAAUUUCUUAUAAAUGUGUAAAUGUUGCAAAAGACAGGACGACAGAUACCCAAAUCUUUGAACACUAAAAGCUACAUUUAGUGCCCAAAUAUAUGUGUGCCCAGCAUUAAUUUCUCUGCACUCCACUCCACUUCACUCCACUCCAUCCAUCAAAUAACAUAAACAGUCCAUAACAUAUUUCGUCUUGAAUGUAAUGCUGAUUGUGUAUUUAUAUGAACAAAUAUGUAUAGGCAAAGUAAAGCACUAAAUCCCACCACUACUCAGAAGAACACCUCUAACUAAAUGCACAGUUUUGAAUCAAUGUUGUAACUAUAAAUGUAUAUGUAUGUAUAUUUCAUUAUAGAAUAAAUACAUUACUGCAUGUUCUUCUCUAAAGUCAAGUCAUUUU